GAAUUGAAAUAUUCCUAUUGACGUCGCUCUCGUUACACUCACGAUCUUUGACCGCCGCGGUCUCUCUCCUUGCGGACAUUUUGAACGAACCGUGAGUGAACCUUUGCGUCAGUGUGUACAAGCAACAGUCAGACGGCGGUUGUUUCUCCCAUUAUUCUUGUGUUAAAGGCAAAAUGGACGAACAACUUAUUGAAUUAAUUCGAAACAGCGAAGAAUUGUACAAUCUGGGUAACAAAUUGUACUUUGACACGGCAUUAAAAAAUAGAAGAUGGACAGAAAUUGCAGAUGAAUUAAAUAAAACAGCUGAUGAAUGCAAACAAAGAUGGGAAUCGCUUCGAUCUCAGUUUAGAAAAAUAUGUAAGACGCGCGAAACUACUGGCCAAGCCUCCAAAAAGAAGAAGAAAUGGAGAUAUGAGGACGAGAUGGCCUUUUUGUUGCCUUACAUGAAGAUUAAAUCUCGUGUAUCUUCAGUACAACUCGAGAAUCAAGUCAAAGAAGAGGAAGGCGAAAUACAAGCUGAAGAUGAUGUUGAUGGUAACGACGAACAGCAGGAUUGGACCACUGAUGUUUCUUCUGAUGCAGUUACGACAGCACCCAAGCAAAAUAUUCAAAGGAAGAAGAUAGUAUCUCGAAGAAUGCCUUCAACGGAAUCCACAAGUUCAACACUUAUGAAUUAUAUUCUUAGUCAAAAGGAUCUUGAACCAACAAAUGCAGUAACAAAAGAAAAAGACAGUAUAGAUUUGUUUUUUGACAGUAUUAAAGCCACUGUGCGGACUUUUUCUCCUGUCGAUUUUCAUACGGCAAAAACAAGAAUUUUUAAUAUUGUUUCGGAAAUUGAAAGGCCAUAUGUCUUGGCUGCGAAUGUAAAUAAGCAGCUCACUGAAAAUUGAUGUGAAAACAAUUUGGGCUACAAUAAUGCUCGCAAUAAUGUUACUUCUGGUUCUGGCUAUCCUAUUUUGUGGUCUUCUUAUGUAAUUAUUUAUUGAAUGAUACUAAUGUACUGAAUCAUUCCUACUAAAAAUUAUAUCUUUCGUG